AUGGCCGAGGCAACACCGGAUGAUUCGACAUUCAAAUGUGUUAUGUGUGAGGAAUUCAUCGAAAAACCAAACUAUACCGAAUGUAAUCAUAUCUUAUGUAUCGAAUGUAUCACAGAGUCCAUCAACAAAGGUGGUGCUUCGUGUUCUUCAUGCAACAAAUCUCUACCAUUGAAAAAACUUAAAAAACUGCAUAGAUCCGCUUCUAAACCGCCCAGAAUCACAUGCAAACAAUGUGGGCUUACAAAACUCAAAGAAAAAGAUGUUGAAGAUCAUAUCCUUCGCUGGUGUCCAAAGACUGAAGUAACAUGUCCAGCCGCCUCUAAUCGAUGUCCUUGGUCAGGUUAUCGUGAUGAACGUACGGAACACCUUCAAACCUGUCGAUACAAACUACAGAAGGGACGAGUUCAUGAAAUUCUUUCUCAAAAUGAACAUCUUACAAUGCAAAUCAGUCAAUAUAAAGAUCGAAUUCUAAAAUUAGAAAGCGAAGCAUUAGAAGCAGAGAAAAAGAUUGAACAUUUGGAAGAACGUUGUCGUGAAUAUGAAGAACGUAUUGAGGAAUUAAUCAAUGAACAACAAGGAACCGGUCCAUAUCGCAACAUUGAACUCGAAGAUUUCAUUGAGAAAUGUUCAUGUCGAAUGACGAUCGAUUUACGAAGACGAAGACUAAAAGAUCGAGACAUGGAAAUCGUUGUUGACAAAGCAAUGAGACUCAAGCUCUGUAAACGAUUAUUAUUGGAUGAAAAUCAAAUCACAUCUCAAGGAAUCGCGAUUAUCACCGAUGGGUUAAAAGAUAACACAACAUUAGAAACACUCAAUUUAGAAAAGAAUUCCAUCGAAGAUCAAGGUGUUCAGUAUCUAAGUAAUGUUUUAUUGACAAAAAAUUCCACUGUACAACGACUUGAUCUCAAUGAAAAUAACAUUACGAGUACAGGUGUACAAUAUCUUGCUGAUUUAUUAAAAGUAACACGGAAUUUAAAAUGGUUAGAAUUACAUACGAAUAAGAUCGGAGAUUCUGGAAUGGUUUUAUUAGCGGAUGUGCUCGCGGAUCAUAAUCAGAGUCUUCAGGUGUUAGAUUUGUGUUAUAACAAAUCAAUUACGGAUAAAUCUGCACAAUCGAUUAUCGAUAUGGUGAGAAAUAACCGAUCUCUGAGGCGAAUUCAUAUGUCUGGAUGUAAUUUAUCGAAAUCUAUCAGAGAUCAAAUACGUUUAGCAUCAAAUUCAAAUCGAGUUCUGGAAAUUUUAGAAGUCUAA